AUGGCAAACGAGUGGCUGCUGUGGCUGACCCUGUCUGCCAUCAUAGCUGCUUGGCACAGCGAGGCAAAGUCUGCUGUGAACACCUUCUCCUCCCAGAUUCCAGAAAAACUAACAGGUGUGAGUCCCAUCCACAAUGGCCAGGUUUGCAGUACAUGGGGUAACUUCCACUUCAAGACCUUUGAUGGAGAUGUUUUCCAGUUGCACUCGACUUGCAACUACGUCCUGACCUCUUCAUGCAGGAGCAGUUACAACGACUUCAACAUUCAGAUAAGACGACAGGAGGCUGGCAACCAUCACACCAUCAAAAACAUCAUUAUGAAGCUGGAGGGUUCAGUAGUGGAGCUCUCUGAGGGCUCAGUGGUUAUCGAUGGAAAACCAGCCACCCUACCAUUCAGUCAAGCAGGAGUGCUCAUUGAGAAAAACCCCACCUACAUCAAAAUCAAAGCAAAGCUGGGUUUAGUUGCUAUCUGGAAUGAGAAGGAUGCUUUUAUGGUGGAACUAGACCUUAAGUACAAGAACCACACCUGCGGUCUUUGUGGAGACUUCAAUGGGGUCCAGCUUUAUGAUGAGUUCUACAGCCAUGGUGUAAAAAUAUCCCCCAUGGAUUUUGCUAACUUCUGGAAAAUGGAUGGUCCAACUGAAAGCUGCUCUUACUAUACACUGAAAUCAACACAAAGCUGCAACAACAUGAAACCUCUGUGUGAGCAGAUCCUUACAGGGCCAGCCUUCAACAGCUGUCACAGUCUGCUGGACGUUGCCUCCUUUACUUCUGCCUGUGUUGCAGACCUCUGUAACUGUGAUAAUGGCAUGAAUGAACACGUUGACCCCUUCUGCCUGUGCAACACUGUGUCAGAGUUCUCCAGACAGUGUGGACAUGCGGGUGGCAAACCCCAAAACUGGAGAACCAAAGACCUCUGCUGGAAGUCAUGUCCCAACAAAAUGGAGUACAAGGAGUGUGGGAGUCCCUGUGCUGAUACCUGCUCCAACCCAGAGGCCAGCCACACCUGUGAUCACCACUGUACUGAUGGAUGCUUCUGCCCUGCAGGCACUGUGCUGGAUGAUUUAAACGGAACGGGUUGUGUCCGAUUAAACGAGUGCUCCUGCAGCUACAACAGCAAGAUAUAUGGACCGGGGGAGUCCUACUCCAGUAACUGCAAAAAAUGUGUGUGUGCAAGUGGCCGGUGGACGUGUACGGAGGAGGACUGUCCAGGUACCUGCUCUGUGGAGGGAGGAGCCCACAUCGACACCUUCGAUGACAAAGUCUACACCUUCCAUGGGGACUGCUCCUAUGUGCUGGCUAAGGACUGCAGUGGAUCCCAGUUUGUGGUACAAGGAGAACUGGAGCAGUGUGGACUGACUGAGAGUGAGACCUGCCUCAAGUCUGUUACCUUGGGUUUGUCUGGAGGGGCUAAAGUGAUCCAAAUCCAGUCCAAUGGCAAGGUUUUUGUGAAUGGCAUCUACGCUCAGUUACCCUUCUCUGCUGCUGGGAUCUCCGCCUUCAGAGGGUCCUCUUACUACCUGCUGGUGCAAACGUCUGUUGGUGUUCUGAUGGAGGUGCAGCUCCAGCCAGUCAUGCAGCUCUACGUCAAAGUGACCAGUGAUUACCAGGCCAAGACCUGUGGUCUGUGUGGGAACUUCAACGGUAACCAAGCUGAUGACUUUCUAAAGCUCAGUGGCGUUCCAGAUGCCACAGCACCUGGUUUUGUCAACAGCUGGAAGACACAUGCUGGUUGCCCUGAUGUUAAGAGCAACUUUGAGAACCCCUGCAGUCUUAGUCUGGAUAAUGAGAAGUACGCCCAGCACUGGUGCUCCAUGCUGAGUGACCCUCAGGGAGUGUUUGCCUCCUGUCACUCAGAGAUCAGCCCUGACUCGUACAAGGAGAACUGCAUGUAUGACAGCUGUAACUGUGAGAAAAGUGAGGACUGUAUGUGUGCUGCAGUCUCCUCCUAUGUCCAUGCCUGUGCAGCUGCAGGAAUCCAGCUCACCGGCUGGAGGUCGACCAUCUGUGGGAAAUAUGCUAGCUGGUGCCCCAGCAGCAUGGUCUACUCCUACAACAUCACGUCCAGCGGUCGCACCUGCCGCUGCAUCAGCACCACAGACCCCAGCUGUCACUUCUCUUUCCCGCCAAUCGACGGCUGUAUCUGUGUAGAGGGAACCUAUCUGGAUGACACUGGGAAGUGUGUCCCAUCUCAGGCUUGUCCUUGUUAUCACAAAGGCUCAGUGGUGCCUCCCGGACAGGUCAUCAACAAGGAUGGGGUCAUGUGCACCUGUGAGGAGGGCAAACUCAGCUGCAUUGGAGAGUUUACUAUACAGCCAACAGCCUGUGCUCCUCCCAUGGUGGCCUUCAACUGCUCUGCUAAUGACCCCGUUGCAAAAGGAACGGAGUGUGAGAAGAGCUGCAACACAUUAGACAUGGCCUGUAUGGCCACAGAGUGUGUCUCCGGCUGUAUGUGUCCAUCUGGGACGGUGUCUGAUGGUAAAGGAGGCUGCAUUAAGCCAGAGGCCUGUCCUUGUGUUCACAACGGUGUCUCCUACCAGCCUGGAGAGACCACCAAGGUGGACUGCAACACCUGGGGGUAUGUUUACCCCACUUUACGGCAAAUAUGCUCCUCUGAAGGCUUUGAUUAUUCCUCUGGAACGGAGGUGAGAAGAGCUGCAAACACAUUAGACAACCAGCUGCUUUCAAGUGGAAAUGAAGAAACAGUUCCAUUCAGUUACAGCACUAUGGGCAUCUACCUGGUCAUUGGAGCCAACAAUGGACUCAUUUUCAUGUGGGACAGGAAGACCACCUUGUUCAUCAAGCUCAGCCCAAAAUAUAAGGGUCGUGUAUGUGGGCUGUGUGGCAACUAUGAUGACAAUGCAAAUAAUGACUUCACCACAAGGUCCCAUGCUGUGGUGGUCAACCCACUGGUGUUUGGGAACAGCUGGAAGGAUUCACCGAGCUGCCCCGAUGCUCACAGCCUCACCAGCCCCUGCACAGCCAACCCAUACAGACAGGCGUGGGCCCAGAAACAGUGCAGCAUUAUCCAGAGUGACGUCUUCUCUCCCUGCCACUCCAUUGUGGAUCCCGCUCCAUACUAUGAAGCAUGUGUAUCUGACUCCUGUGCUUGUGACACGGGUGGAGACUGCGAGUGUUUCUGCACUGCUGUGGCCGCUUAUGCUGAAUCCUGUAAUCAAGCUGGCGCCUGUAUACGAUGGAGAACCCCAAAGAUUUGUCCUAUCUUCUGUGAUUACUACAAUCCCCCUGGUGAAUGCGAAUGGCACUACAUGCCAUGCGGAUCUCCGUGUAUGAAAACCUGCAGGAACCCCUCCGGCAGCUGCUCGCCACAGAUGCCUCCUCUAGAAGGUUGCUAUCCAAAAUGUCCUCCUGCUCAGCCAUACUUUGAUGAGGAUACAAUGACAUGUGUCUUAAAAGAACAAUGUGGCUGCUACGAUAAAGAGGGGAAACACUACAAUAAUAGUGAAAAAGUGCCAACAACUGAAAACUGUCAAACAUGUACAUGCAGUUCAAUGACUAUCCAAUGUCAGUAUGAUGCCCAAGCCUGUACUUGCACAUAUAAUGGAAACAAAUAUCCCCCUGGCAAUCUAAUUUAUAACACAACAGAUGGAUAUGGUAACUGCAUCACAGCAGUGUGUGGAAAUAAUGGUACCAUUGACCACAGUUCAUAUAGUUGCCCAGUAUCCACACCGACAACACCUGUGCACAUUGCAACCACUACUAUAGCCAGCCAGUCUACAACCACCUUUGUUUUUUCAUCAACCACACCAGAGCCACACACAGUCCCAGUCCCAUGUAAUCCUUGUAAGUGGUCGCCAUGGUAUGAUACCAGCUUCCCGACACUGGGAACUCCAGGAGGAGACAUGGAAACAUAUGAAAAGAUUAGAGAGGAAGGGCACAAGAUAUGUGCUAAGCCAAGCCAGAUCCAAUGCAGAGCUGAGAAAUUCCCUAAUGUCACCAUUCAAAAUGUGGGACAAGUGGUGGAAUGUAAUCUGGCUAAUGGGCUGACUUGCAGAAAUGAAGACCAGUCAGGACCACUGGCCUUGUGUUUUAACUACCAAGUCAGAGUUCUGUGUUGUGACUAUAAUGCAUGCCCAACAGAGCCUACUCCUUCUACAACACAUUCAAUACCUACAACGACUAAAGAUGUUACCGAAACACCGUGUCAGGAAACAUUAUGCUACUGGUCACAAUGGAUAAGUUCAGACUAUCCUGAAUACGGUAAUGGAGGUGGGGACAACGAAACCAUCAAACACAUCAUCCAAAAAGGAUUUCAUAUCUGUGAGAAUCCAGUGGAGGUGGAAUGUCGGGCAGAGCACUACCCGCAGACUCCCCUGAAUCAAUUGGGACAAAAAGUGACAUGUAAUAACCAAGGACUCCUGUUUCCAACUACAACAGCUUCAACUACAGUUCCAACUCCAACACCUUCAACUAUGACAUCCACUACACCUUCUACCACAACUGAAACGACAACUCAGCCACCUAAAACAACUAGUACAACCACUACACCGUCUACCACAACUGAAACAACAACAACUCAGCCACCAACAACUACUAGUACAACCACUACACCAUCAACCACAACUGAAACACCAACCACUAGUCGGCCACCAACAUCUACAACUUGCCCAGGAGGACAUGAUAUGACAUGUGGGUGGUCAGAAUGGAUCAAUCUUGGCAAGCCCACAUCAGGUCUUGAUGGUGGAGACAAUGAAUCCAUCCAGAACGUAAUCUCUGCUGGUUAUCAUAUAUGCUCAGCUCCUGAAGAAGUCCAGUGUAGAGCUAUCCUUUACCCAGGACUUACCAUGUCACAGCUGGGACAAGAUGUGAUUUGCAAUAAAGAUGUUGGUCUCAUAUGCUACAACAAACAACAAGGGCUUCAGCAAGAGUGUUUUGAUUACGAGAUUAAAUUUAAAUGCUGUGGGUGUCCAACACAAACUCCUCCUACAGUUCCAACAUCCACACCUUCAACUCCCUCAACUACAAGUCCAACUACAACACCUUCAACUAUGACAUCCACUACACCUUCUACCACAACUGAAACGACAACUCAGCCACCUAAAACGACUAGUACAACCACUACACCGUCUAACACAACUGAAACAACAACAACUCAGCCACCAACAACUACUAGUACAACCACUACACCAUCAACCACAACUGAAACACCAACCACUAGUCAGCCACCAACAUCUACAACUUGCCCAGGGGGACAUGAUAUGACAUGUGGGUGGUCAGAAUGGAUCAAUCUUGGCAAGCCCACAUCAGGUCCUGAUGGUGGAGACAAUGAAUCCAUCCAGAACGUAAUCUCUGCUGGUUAUCAUAUAUGCUCAGCUCCUGAAGAAGUCCAGUGUAGAGCUAUCCUUUACCCAGGACUUACCAUGUCACAGCUGGGACAAGAUGUGAUUUGCAAUAAAGAUGUUGGUCUCAUAUGCUACAACAAACAACAAGGGCUUCAGCAAGAGUGUUUUGAUUACGAGAUUAAAUUUAAAUGCUGUGGGUGUCCAACACAAACUCCUCCUACAGUUCCAACAUCCACACCUUCAACUCCCUCAACUACAAGUCCAACUACAACACCUUCAACUAUGACAUCCACUACACCUUCUACCACAACUGAAACGACAACUCAGCCACCUAAAACGACUAGUACAACCACUACACCGUCUACCACAACUGAAACAACAACAACUCAGCCACCAACAACUACUAGUACAACCACUACACCAUCAACCACAACUGAAACACCAACCACUAGUCAGCCACCAACAUCUACAACUUGCCCAGGGGGACAUGAUAUGACAUGUGGGUGGUCAGAAUGGAUCAAUCUUGGCAAGCCCACAUCAGGUCCUGAUGGUGGAGACAAUGAAUCCAUCCAGAACGUAAUCUCUGCUGGUUAUCAUAUAUGCUCAGCUCCUGAAGAAGUCCAGUGUAGAGCUAUCCUUUACCCAGGACUUACCAUGUCACAGCUGGGACAAGAUGUGAUUUGCAAUAAAGAUGUUGGUCUCAUAUGUUACAACAAACAACAAGGGCUUCAGCAAGAGUGUUUUGAUUACGAGAUUAAAUUUAAAUGCUGUGGGUGUCCAACACAAACUCCUCCUACAGUUCCAACAUCCACACCUUCAACUCCCUCAACUACAAGUCCAACUACAACACCUUCAACUAUGACAUCCACUACACCUUCUACCACAACUGAAACGACAACUCAGCCACCUAAAACAACUAGUACAACCACUACACCGUCUACCACAACUGAAACAACAACAACUCAGCCACCAACAACUACUAGUACAACCACUACACCAUCAACCACAACUGAAACACCAACCACUAGUCGGCCACCGACAUCUACAACUUGCCCAGGAGGACAUGAUAUGACAUGUGGGUGGUCAGAAUGGAUCAAUCUUGGCAAGCCCACAUCAGGUCUUGAUGGUGGAGACAAUGAAUCCAUCCAGAACGUAAUCUCUGCUGGUUAUCAUAUAUGCUCAGCUCCUGAAGAAGUCCAGUGUAGAGCUAUCCUUUACCCAGGACUUACCAUGUCACAGCUGGGACAAGAUGUGAUUUGCAAUAAAGAUGUUGGUCUCAUAUGCUACAACAAACAACAAGGGCUUCAGCAAGAGUGUUUUGAUUACGAGAUUAAAUUUAAAUGCUGUGGGUGUCCAACACAAACUCCUCCUACAGUUCCAACAUCCACACCUUCAACUCCCUCAACUACAAGUCCAACUACAACACCUUCAACUAUGACAUCCACUACACCUUCUACCACAACUGAAACGACAACUCAGCCACCUAAAACGACUAGUACAACCACUACACCGUCUACCACAACUGAAACAACAACAACUCAGCCACCAACAACUACUAGUACAACCACUACACCAUCAACCACAACUGAAACACCAACCACUAGUCAGCCACCAACAUCUACAACUUGCCCAGGGGGACAUGAUAUGACAUGUGGGUGGUCAGAAUGGAUCAAUCUUGGCAAGCCCACAUCAGGUCCUGAUGGUGGAGACAAUGAAUCCAUCCAGAACGUAAUCUCUGCUGGUUAUCAUAUAUGCUCAGCUCCUGAAGAAGUCCAGUGUAGAGCUAUCCUUUACCCAGGACUUACCAUGUCACAGCUGGGACAAGAUGUGAUUUGCAAUAAAGAUGUUGGUCUCAUAUGCUACAACAAACAACAAGGGCUUCAGCAAGAGUGUUUUGAUUACGAGAUUAAAUUUAAAUGCUGUGGGUGUCCAACACAAACUCCUCCUACAGUUCCAACAUCCACACCUUCAACUCCCUCAACUACAAGUCCAACUACAACACCUUCAACUAUGACAUCCAAUACACCUUCUACCACAACUGAAACGAAAACUCAGCCACCUAAAACGACUAGUACAACCACUACACCGUCUACCACAACUGAAACAACAACAACUCAGCCACCAACAACUACUAGUACAACCACUACACCAUCAACCACAACUGAAACACCAACCACUAGUCAGCCACCAACAUCUACAACUUGUCCAGGGGGACAUGAGGUUACAUGUGGGUGGUCAGAAUGGAUCAAUCUUGGCAAGCCCACAUCAGGUCCUGAUGGUGGAGACAAUGAAUCCAUCCAGAACGUAAUCUCUGCUGGUUAUCAUAUAUGCUCAGCUCCGGAAGAAGUCCAGUGUAGAGCUAUCCUUUACCCAGGACUUACCAUGUCACAGCUGGGGCAAGAUGUGAUUUGCAAUAAAGAUGUUGGUCUCAUAUGCUACAACAAACAACAAGGGCUUCAGCAAGAGUGUUUUGAUUACGAGAUUAAAUUUAAAUGCUGUGGGUGUCCAACACAAACUCCUCCUACAGUUCCAACAUCCACACUUUCAACUCCCUCAACUACAAGUCCAACUACAACACCUUCAACUAUUACAUCCACUACACCUUCUACCACAACUGAAACGACAACUCAGCCACCUAAAACAACUAGUACAACCACUAAACCGUCUACCACAACUGAAACAACAACAACUCAGCCACCAACAACUACUAGUACAACCACUACACCAUCAACCACAACUGAAACACCAACCACUAGUCAGCCACCAACAUCUACAACUUGUCCAGGGGGACAUGAGGUUACAUGUGGGUGGUCAGAAUGGAUCAAUCUUGGCAAGCCCACAUCAGGUCCUGAUGGUGGAGACAAUGAAUCCAUCCAGAACGUAAUCUCUGCUGGUUAUCAUAUAUGCUCAGCUCCGGAAGAAGUCCAGUGUAGAGCUAUCCUUUACCCAGGACUUACCAUGUCACAGCUGGGGCAAGAUGUGAUUUGCAAUAAAGAUGUUGGUCUCAUAUGCUACAACAAACAACAAGGGCUUCAGCAAGAGUGUUUUGAUUACGAGAUUAAAUUUAAAUGCUGUGGGUGUCCAACACAAACUCCUCCUACAGUUCCAACAUCCACACCUUCAACUCCCUCAACUACAAGUCCAACUACAACACCUUCAACUAUGACAUCCACUACACCUUCUACCACAACUGAAACGACAACUCAGCCACCUAAAACAACUAGUACAACCACUACACCGUCUACCACAACUGAAACAACAACAACUCAGCCACCAACAACUACUAGUACAACCACUACACCAUCAACCACAACUGAAACACCAACCACUAGUCGGCCACCAACAUCUACAACUUGCCCAGGAGGACAUGAUAUGACAUGUGGGUGGUCAGAAUGGAUCAAUCUUGGCAAGCCCACAUCAGGUCUUGAUGGUGGAGACAAUGAAUCCAUUCAGAACGUAAUCUCUGCUGGUUAUCAUAUAUGCUCAGCUCCUGAAGAAGUCCAGUGUAGAGCUAUCCUUUACCCAGGACUUACCAUGUCACAGCUGGGACAAGAUGUGAUUUGCAAUAAAGAUGUUGGUCUCAUAUGCUACAACAAACAACAAGGGCUUCAGCAAGAGUGUUUUGAUUACGAGAUUAAAUUUAAAUGCUGUGGGUGUCCAACACAAACUCCUCCUACAGUUCCAACAUCCACACCUUCAACUCCCUCAACUACAAGUCCAACUACAACACCUUCAACUAUGACAUCCACUACACCUUCUACCACAACUGAAACGACAACUCAGCCACCUAAAACGACUAGUACAACCACUACACCGUCUACCACAACUGAAACAACAACAACUCAGCCACCAACAACUACUAGUACAACCACUACACCAUCAACCACAACUGAAACACCAACCACUAGUCGGCCACCAACAUCUACAACUUGCCCAGGAGGACAUGAUAUGACAUGUGGGUGGUCAGAAUGGAUCAAUCUUGGCAAGCCCACAUCAGGUCUUGAUGGUGGAGACAAUGAAUCCAUCCAGAACGUAAUCUCUGCUGGUUAUCAUAUAUGCUCAGCUCCUGAAGAAGUCCAGUGUAGAGCUAUCCUUUACCCAGGACUUACCAUGUCACAGCUGGGACAAGAUGUGAUUUGCAAUAAAGAUGUUGGUCUCAUAUGCUACAACAAACAACAAGGGCUUCAGCAAGAGUGUUUUGAUUACGAGAUUAAAUUUAAAUGCUGUGGGUGUCCAACACAAACUCCUCCUACAGUUCCAACAUCCACACCUUCAACUCCCUCAACUACAAGUCCAACUACAACACCUUCAACUAUGACAUCCACUACACCUUCUACCACAACUGAAACGACAACUCAGCCACCUAAAACGACUAGUACAACCACUACACCGUCUACCACAACUGAAACAACAACAACUCAGCCACCAACAACUACUAGUACAACCACUACACCAUCAACCACAACUGAAACACCAACCACUAGUCAGCCACCAACAUCUACAACUUUUCCAACAUCCACACCUUCAACUCCCUCAACUACAAGUCCAACUACAACACCUUCAACUAUGACAUCCAUUACACCUUCUACCACAACUGAAACGACAACUCAGCCACCUAAAACGACUAGUACAACCACUACACCGUCUACCACAACUGAAACAACAACUCAGCCACCAACAACUACUAGUACAACCACUACACCAUCAACCACAACUGAAACACCAACCACUAGUCAGCCACCAACAUCUACAACUUGUCCAGGGGGACAUGAGGUUACAUGUGGGUGGUCAGAAUGGAUCAAUCUUGGCAAGCCCACAUCAGGUCCUGAUGGUGGAGACAAUGAAUCCAUCCAGAACGUAAUCUCUGCUGGUUAUCAUAUAUGCUCAGCUCCGGAAGAAGUCCAGUGUAGAGCUAUCCUUUACCCAGGACUUACCAUGUCACAGCUGGGGCAAGAUGUGAUUUGCAAUAAAGAUGUUGGUCUCAUAUGCUACAACAAACAACAAGGGCUUCAGCAAGAGUGUUUUGAUUACGAGAUUAAAUUUCAAUGCUGUGGGUGUCCAACACAAACUCCUCCUACAGUUCCAACAUCCACACCUUCAACUCCCUCAACUACAAGUCCAACUACAACACCUUCAACUAUGACAUCCACUACACCUUCUACCACAACUGAAACGACAACUCAGCCACCUAAAACGACUAGUACAACCACUACACCGUCUACCACAAUUGAAACAACAACAACUCAGCCACCAACAACUACUAGUACAACCACUACACCAUCAACCACAACUGAAACACCAACCACUAGUCAGCCACCAACAUCUACAACUUGUCCAGGGGGACAUGAGGUUACAUGUGGGUGGUCAGAAUGGAUCAAUCUUGGCAAGCCCACAUCAGGUCCUGAUGGUGGAGACAAUGAAUCCAUCCAGAACGUAAUCUCUGCUGGUUAUCAUAUAUGCUCAGCUCCUGAAGAAGUCCAGUGUAGAGCUAUCCUUUACCCAGGACUUACCAUGUCACAGCUGGGACAAGAUGUGAUUUGCAAUAAAGAUGUUGGUCUCAUAUGCUACAACAAACAACAAGGGCUUCAGCAAGAGUGUUUUGAUUACGAGAUUAAAUUUAAAUGCUGUGGGUGUCCAACACAAACUCCUUCUCCUACAGUUCCAACAUCAACACCUUCAACUCCCUCAACUACAAGUCCAACUACAACACCUUCAACUCCUUCCACUACAAGUCCAACUACAACACCUUCAACUAUGACAUCCACUACACCUUCUACCACAACUGAAACGACAACUCAGCCACCUAAAACGACUAGUACAACCACUACACCGUCUACCACAAUUGAAACAACAACAACUCAGCCACCAACAACUACUAGUACAACCACUACACCAUCAACCACAACUGAAACACCAACCACUAGUCAGCCACCAACAUCUACAACUUGUCCAGGGGGACAUGAGGUUACAUGUGGGUGGUCAGAAUGGAUCAAUCUUGGCAAGCCCACAUCAGGUCCUGAUGGUGGAGACAAUGAAUCCAUCCAGAACGUAAUCUCUGCUGGUUAUCAUAUAUGCUCAGCUCCUGAAGAAGUCCAGUGUAGAGCUAUCCUUUACCCAGGACUUACCAUGUCACAGCUGGGACAAGAUGUGAUUUGCAAUAAAGAUGUUGGUCUCAUAUGCUACAACAAACAACAAGGGCUUCAGCAAGAGUGUUUUGAUUACGAGAUUAAAUUUAAAUGCUGUGGGUGUCCAACACAAACUCCUUCUCCUACAGUUCCAACAUCAACACCUUCAACUCCCUCAACUACAAGUCCAACUACAACACCUUCAACUCCUUCCACUACAAGUCCAACUACAACACCUUCAACUAUGACAUCCACUACACCUUCUACCACAACCGAAACAACAACUCAGUCACCUAUAACUACUACUACAACCACUACAACUUCAACCACAGUUCCAACUACACCUUCAACUCCCUCAACUACAGUUCCAACUCCAACACCUUCAACUACGACAUCCACUACACCUUCUACUACAACUGAAACAACAAAGUCUCAGCCACCAACAACUACUAGUACAACCACUACACCAUCAACCACAACUGAGUUACCUAUAGUCACAGGAAAACCCUCUCAACCAACAACUGCGCCAUCUACUGCAGCUCAAAUUUGCCAUUGCCUUCAUAAUGGUAUCCUGUUCCCCCCUGACUCCAUAGUCUACAAUAUAUCGGACCAUGAUGGCUACUGUUAUAUAGGGUACUGCAAUGAAAGUUGUCAUAUAGUACUCAAAGACCACCGUCCUUGUAAUAAUAUGAGGAAAGAGUGUGCUUUAAACCCUCCAAGAAAGGAUGGUGAAAUUUGGAAGGAGAGUAACUGUCUUGUAGGAACAUGUGAUAAUGGCAAGGUGACCUAUAACCAUACACAGUGUCCAACUCCAAAGCCUGUAGUAUGUGCAAAUAACUUCCCUGCUAUUAAAGUGCUGGAUGAUGACGGAUGCUGCUUCCACUAUGAAUGCCAAUGUAUCUGCUAUGGUUGGGGAGACCCCCAUUAUGUCACCUUCGAUGGAACCUACUAUGGUUUUCAAGGCAACUGUUCCUACUGGCUGAUGAAGGAGAUAGUGCCCAAAUACAACUUCAGUGUUAUGAUCGAUAACUACUACUGUGGUUCUGCUGAUGACUUGGCCUGUCCUCAGUCCAUCACUGUCUUCUACAAAAGCUACAGAAUCUUUAUAAUGCAGAAGGAGGUCAAUGGCAUUUACACAAAUCAGACCACUGUGAAUGGCAAGCAUGUGAGUCCUGCAUACCAAAAUGGUGACUUCCGUAUAACCUCCACCGGUAUAGAGACUGUGCUUGUCAUCCCUGAAAUCCAUGCCAAGAUCACCUUCUCAGGGCUCAUAUUCAGUAUCUACCUGCCCUAUAGUAAAUUUGCCGGCAACACCGAGGGACAGUGUGGCACAUGUGACAACAACCGGACAGAUGACUGCAUGUUGCCAAGUGGCAAAAUUGAUCCAUCAUGUCCUAAUAUGGCACUCGGGUGGCAUGCUAACGACAGUUACUGUGAACAUAUUAACCCUACACCUAUGCCUACGACUACGCCUAAGCCUAGCACCUGUGAUACAUCAAUCUGUGAGAUCAUUAAGGGCAGUGUGUUUGAAGCUUGCCACAAGGUUAUUGACUACACUCCAUUUGUUGUGGCCUGUGAGUUUGACAUUUGCCACAUGCACAUAAAUCACGUUGGCUGCACUAGCUUACAAACCUAUGCUGAUGCCUGUGCUGAGUCUGGACUGUGUAUUGACUGGAGAAGUGCCACCGACGGACUCUGUGAAUAUACAUGUCCAAGUCCCAAAGUCUAUCGGGGGUGUGGCCCUCAGGUGGAGCCUACCUGUGAUUCCUGGUACAACCAGAAAUUCAUCUAUACGGUCAAUGAGUUCAGUGCCAUGACAAAUGUGAAGCUGGAGGGUUGCUUCUGCCCAGAUGACCACUUCCUCCUCUCUUCCAGCUCUAAUGAAUGUGUGCCCAACUGUGGUAAGAGCAGAUGGCACUACUAUAUGGCAACAGCUAUGGACAAGAAUGCCAAUUCAAAGUGGACAGAAAACUGUAAUGAGUGUAUAUGUGAGGAGGACACACUGCAGGUCAGCUGCCAUCCCGUGUCCUGUCCAGCACAGCCCCCCCCCAGCUGUGAUGAAGAGGGUCAGGUCAAGGUCAAUGAAACGGUUGGCUGCUGUCAAAAGGAGAAGUGUGAAUGUGAUGGGACGCAGUGCUCUGGUCUUGUGCCGUCCUGUCCUCUUGGUUUUAUUCUAAACCAAACUAAGGGAGUCUGCUGUUGGAAAUACUCCUGCGUGCCUAAAAAGGAUGUGUGUGUUUUCAACAACAAUGAAUACCAGGUUGGAGACCUGGUGCCCAUGAAGCCAUGUGAGAAGUGCAGUUGUAGUAACAAGGCCAAUGCCAGCAGCCCCCUGAACAUUAUAGACUGUGAGCCUAUACCCUGUGACACCAACUGCCCUGUGGGUUAUGAGUACCAGAUCAGCACUAACUUGUGCUGUGGGACAUGUGUCCAAACAAGCUGCAUUGUCGUGCUGUUGAAUGCAACAUACGCAUUAAAGCCUGGCUCCAUUUGGACUCCCGCUGGGAACCCCUGUGUGAAGUUUGAGUGUGUGAAGAUCGCUAAUCAGUUCAUCACCAUAGAAGCCAAGACAAUCUGUCCCCUCUACGACCCUAAUGAAUGCAUACCGGGAACAGAGACCAUCGCUCCAGACGGAUGCUGCCAUGUCUGUAUUCCGAAGGGUGAGCCAUGCGGUGUGUCCACCACACCUGUGUACCUGGAGAGCCAGGGCUGCUAUGCCAAAAACCUGGUCAAUGUCACAUCCUGUAGUGGAGCAUGUGGCACCUUCACCUUUUAUUCUACCAAAACAAGAUCCUUGCAGCACACCUGCUCCUGCUGCCAAGAGCUGGCUACAUCUGAGCGCCAGGUCCAGCUCUCCUGCCCUGACAACACAGAGAUCACUUACACCUACACCCACAUCGACAGCUGCGGGUGCCUCAAGACCGAGUGUUCUGGGCCUGGCCCCAGGGAAUUGGCAACCACUCCCCCUAGCGUCAAGUCACGUCGACGCAGGAGAUAA